AUGCUUCAACUUAGCGCAGACGAUGACUUCCACUUUGAACUUCUUCGUGUGAUGUCUUUAGCUCCAUACGAAGGUGCUGAUGUCGGCGAAGUUCUUGUGGCGGCCAAGAAGAUUGAUCCUGGCAACUUCGAAAGCUUUUCCAAUGCCUUCUUUGAUCUUGCCACUCACGUCGACAAGACUGCAAGGAAUAUCGAUAAAGAAAAACACCCAGUCUCCGCAAGAAACGCCUUGUUCAGAGCUUCCAGCUACUACCGAUCCGCUGACUUCUUUUUGCACGGCAACUGGAGCGAUCCACGCAUCAAUUCUCUCUGGGACAAGCAGCUGAACGCAUUUGAUGCUGCUAUGGCUCUUCUCCCUGUCCCAGGCAAACGCAUAAACCUGCAAGCUAAGGACGGCAACUUUACGAUUCCUGCAAUUUUCUUUGGGACUGGGCUGACUGGCCCUCGGCCAACCAUCCUUAUGUGCAACGGCUACGACGGUUCCCAGGAAGAAAUGUAUCAUUUAAUCGGAAAGGCUGCUCUGGAGCGUGGAAUCAACGUCAUCACCUAUGAGGGACCAGGCCAGCCAACAGUCCGACGCGGUCAGAACAUUGGCUUCAUUUCCGAAUGGGAGAGAGUCGUCUCCCCUGUUGUCGAUUUCGCAAUCCAGCAUCCAGAGGUAGAUUCUGAGGCCAUCGGAUUGAUGGGGUACUCCUUUGGGGGUUAUCUUGCACCGAGAGCCGCAGCUUUUGAUGAACGCAUUGCUGCUGUAUUUGCCGUUGAUGGGCUAUAUGACUUUGGGAAGUCUGUGCUCAACCAGUUUCCUCGGGAAUUGAAAGACGUCUUUUAUUCAGGCGAUGCGGAUACGUUCAACUCGAUGAUAGAGGAGGCAGUUGCUCAGCCCUCCACUCCUACUAUCAUGCGCUGGGGCGUACAACAAGGCAUGUGGUCUUUCAACGCCAGGACACCAUUUGAAUGGAUGACCAGGGCCUUGGCGUGCAACCUGACGGAUGUGGCAGAUAAGAUCCAGCAACCGAUAUUCAUUGGCGAUGUGCAACUAGAAAAGUUCUUCCCUGGUCAAGCCAAGAUGCUGGCUGAUGCUAUUGGUUCCAACGCGCUGUAUCACUACUUUACCGCAGAUGAGGGCGCGGGAGAACACUGCUCGAUCGGUGCAUCUGUUCUGCAGGGCCAGGUACUGCUCGACUGGUUUGAAGAUGUGCUGAGCAAGGCCAACGAGUAA